ACCACGUCGACAUGGGAUGCUGCUACAAUGCGGCCGUGGAGGCUCCCUCACCCUCAUUUCAUCCAGCAGAACGCAUUUCGUCACUUCCACAUGGUGGCUCUACAGGCGAUCGAUAGCCUCAGUAGCUCCGGUGAGCCCUCGACAAUGUGAGAGCAUCGACCUGCCCAUAGGCCUGAACCGACACAUCAGGCUCGAUGUCGUCUCUCCUUCGCUGCCAGUUGCUGGACACAAUGGCCCACGGAAUCUUCUCGUUCACCUUCCGCCUCGACCGUCGUUGAACAGUACCUCCCUCGAUGUCCUACCGCAGCUACAUGGUCAACUCCUACCGAACAUAUCUCUUGUGACAAUCAACUAUCGACUUGGACUCGGCUCCGACACCUCAACCGAUGAAAAGACGUCUUUCCCCACCCCUGUCCACGACGUCUCAACUGCACUUGGUUACCUGACCUCCUCCACCUCGCCCUUCAAUGAAGGCCAUGAUGAGCCGCCCCGGAUCUGCCUCUUGGGAAGCCACAUCGGCGGCGCCCUGGCAACCAUGUUGGCAUUGACGGAACCGAAUGACAUACAUGCCUUGGCGGUACUUGAGCCGAUGGUGGACUGGGUCAGCUUGGACGAAAUCGUCGAACGACUGCACAGUGCCAGGUCCAUACCACGGAAGAGACAGAAGCAGAAAGUCACGCGGUUAGGUGUCGACGAUGCAUCCGUGCUCGCAGCGGCGGAAGACCUAAUCAAGUUACGAGCGAAGCUGUUCCCGACCCCAUCGUCUUACUUCGACCCAUUUGCGAGUCCACUGCUGUUUUUGCGGGCUCCAGGCAGAGACACACCAUUGGGGCAAACAGUAGGCAAUCAGUUGGUGAAUGAGAUGGGGUUAAACGACGGAUUUGGCGAUAGCGAUGACCUUGGUCCGUACGAUGACGACUGGCACCAAGGUGGUCCCUCGCGUUCCACAUUAAACACUUCAUUGUCAUCUCCAGCUCCAACAGGCUCAGAGUUGCGAUCCUCUUCUGAGAUUAAAGUGACGAGUGACGGCGAAGCUACGCUCGUCUCAGAUAUCAUUUCUCCACCGACAUCAGCAACGCCUCAGUCCCAAACCCGGCGACGGAAAGUCCUUCAACGCUGGCCACCUGUUGGUCGUCCUGAAUCUGUGAUGCUCCCAUAUGUUAAGGUGUUUGUGCAAGCUGCUUCCAACCCUGCAGACAUACCUGGUUCCGAGGCCGAAGCUGUGGACAUGAACCUCGGACAUGCUGCUUUGUUGCGGGCGCAAGGAACCGAGCUGGUCGAACUCAUGCGCAGGGCAUGCUUCUUCGGGCGAGAGAAAAGCUUUGCCGAGGAGAGGGUUCAGCUCUAUGAAGAGUCUCCCCGUGCUGGAGAGCCUGACACCACUAGUGCUGAGGAAUUCAAAGCCGCGGCAGAUUUUGUCACCCACCCAAGCCUUCGCUUGCAAUCGAAAGCAGUUAAAUGGGCCGAGCAGAUGCUGACUAGAGCAUGAAAUCCAGAUAGCAGUACUGCAAUAUAUCCCGUCCAGGCCGAAGUUAACCUGAAGAAGAUGUUGCUUGAAAAUGAUCGCAUUGUAAUCUCCCAACCUCAAUAGCCCUUUUCAUAGAUAUUAAACCAAUCGUCUCUGACGCCCGGGCUUGUCCAAAUCUAC